AUGGAUAUUUCAGUCCUUCCUCCAGAUGUGUUAUCAUUAUAUGAUGAACCCUUCUAUGAAUUAGUUGGUAAAUUAGCUGGUCCUGUCGAAGCCAAAUUACUUGAAGUACAAGGUAUUCGUAGUGCCUAUUCAUUAUUACAUACAGAGAAUGUUUUUGAUAUAUUAAAACAUGAAUGUAAAGCAUUGGAUGAAAUUAAAAAAGAUGCUUGCCUUCGAUUGGAUGAUAAUCGAUAUGUUGUUAAACCUGAAUGUGAAAGUAAUAUACGAUACUUUACUCAAUUACUCAACUUGAAGAAUCAAGAACAUUUGAAAACAGUUGGACUUUGA